CCAGAGCCUCCGCCCCGCCCUAGCGGCUGCCGGCGCUGACUAGGGAGCGGCGGCGCUGGUCUUACGCGUUUGUUCCCGCCCGCCCCGCGCUACCGGUUCCACUUCCUGGGGAGUUGCCAGUGGGGAGCGGCGGUUGGAGUGCGAAGCUUGCGGGGGCUUUGGUUCUCUGACCGCGGUCCGCGCCCGCUGCCCCUGAGAUAGAGGCGGCAGGGUGAGUUGUCAGGGCCCAGCCGGCCCACCUGUGACCUGGGCCCGGGACAGCGGGAGCGCCCGCCCGCCCGCUCGCCGGAGAUGGAAGCCAGCCUGACGUGUGCCGUGUGCCUCUCUCUUUUCGAGGAGCCGGUGACGCUGCCCCUCUGCUCGCACAACUUCUGCCGGGACUGUGUGCUGGAGUGUCUGGCCUCGGCCGAGGCCGCCCGCCUGCAGCAGCAGCAGCAGCAGCGGGGCCCAGGGCACGCCCGCCUCUCCCGUGGGGGGCCGGGGCCUAGCGCUGCUGGCGCCCGGGUGUCGUGCCCACUGUGCAGGAAGCUGUGCCCGCUGCCCCGCGGCGGCGCCGCCGCGCUGCCCGUCAACACCACCCUAGCCGAGGUGGUCAAGCUGUACCGGUCCGGCACGGCGGUACCCGCCGAGGCGGCGGGGGCGGAGCCGGGGCCGCUCUCCCCGCUAGCACUCGGGGGAGCCUGCCAGAAGCACCCGAGCCGGCUGGUGCAGCUCUACUGCCGGAUGUGCCGCCAGGCAGGCUGCGGGCAGUGCGUCUCUGAGGAGCACCAAGGCAUCUUCCACUCCGUCAACCUCAUAGACACCGUGUACCAGGAAGAAAAAUUAACCUUCUUCAGCAGUCUGAAAAAAAUGAGAAUCAUAAACGAGAAGCUGACGAAUGAAAUCUCAAGUCAACCAAAUGAUACAGAUAUGAUGCUGAACAAUGAAGCAGAGAUAAUUGCACUGGAGUUUGGAGAAAUUUUUAAAACUCUGGAAAUGAAGAAACGGCAAUUGCUGGAAGAUGUUGAAAAUCAAAGAAGUAAAAAAGAGAAAGAAUAUCAGAUUUGGAAGAAAAUGAAGGAGACUCACAAGAAGACCACUGAGAAUUUUUUGAAGGAUUGUGAAAAACUUGUCCAUGAGUGUGAUCCUCAGCGCUUCCUGGAGGUGGCCUGUGGCUUGAAUACAAGAAUGAAAACUCAGCUUGACCUGAUGAAUAUCGCAUCCAGCUAUGAAAAAGCACCAGAGUAUGCUCAAAAGAAGAUGGAUAUUAAACCUGUGAUUGAUGAAAUACUGGCUUUGAAGUUAACACCCGUUAAUGUGGACAUUGUUAAAGAUCUGCCUUCUGGAGAAAAAGAGAACUCCACAAAAAAUACUCUAUUUAAAAAUGACAUAAAGCAAUGUCAGGAUCAGAAGAAUACACCCAGUACAUUUCUUCCUGUAGAAGGACAGGAGGAAGCACUAGCAGACGGUAGCAGGAUCUGUACUCGCCUAAUGUCAAUAUCAGAAAUGUCAGCAUUUCAAAAUAUGAGUCAUGAGGAGUUGCGUUACAAAUACUAUAUGGAAUGUCAGAAGCUCACCGAUGAGUUCAAGACACAAACUUUACCUGCAAAUAAAAAGCAUAAAUUCAUAACUGUUGGGAUGUUGAAGGAUAAAUCCUCAGGAACUCCUUUUGUGUCUUCACCUACCAAAACAAAUAAUGUAGAUAAAGUAAGAAUGGGAACCUCGCCAAGAGCAGAUGGCUUUGAGAGAAGCUUUUCUGGAACCAGUAAUCACAAUAUCCCAUCCACGAAUAAGAACUUUUCUGAAACAAAUGGUGAUAUAAAAUUAUUUCAUGAAACAAGUUCCCAGGAAGUAACCGCUCCAGCCUUAUCAGAAGGCCCUAGUUUUGGCAAACCUCUAUCCUUGGUAAUUAAAGAGAAACAGCCAGUGCAGGCUUCAGCUGUUAUUGUUCCUAGUGAAACAGACACAAAUUCUAGCACUUCAUCCAGCUCAAAACCAGCAGCACCAGUACCUGUUACUGUUUCAAAUUCAGAAUUUCUAAAUGUUUCUGCAGAGAGACUUUCUGCUUCACCUUUUGCUUUCAGUGCAUCUAAUGACUCAUUACCCAGAUUGGUAAAAGCAGCAGGUGCAUUUUCCUUUAAAAAAAAAGACAGGAAAUGUGUUUUCCCUCAGUUUUACUUAGGAAAAGGUGAUCGUGUGGAUAAAACUGAUGACCAGGAUGAAAGUAAACUUAGAAAACAUGGUCCUGUAACUAAAACCACAGUUUCUGAUGCUUUAACCAGUCCUAAUUUAGGCUCAGCAGAAAGUGAAAAGGCAGAUUUUUCAUUUCCCCUUGGCAAUUCAGAAAGAGAUUGUUUUGCAGGUUCAGGAGUCAGCAAUUCAUUUAAGGUUUUACCAUUAUCCUCAUUUUUCAGCCAAUCUGAGAAGCCAUCUGAUAAAAAUGCACCAUCUCACAUGAAAGAUAAAACACUUUCUGCAAAGGAAACUGCAGAAUGUGGUGCACAGAAACCAUCUGUCUCCUGGGAACAAAACGCUGAUGCUUCGGUAUCUCCCACAACUGUAGCUUGCAAUACUUCAGAAACCAGCACUGCAGCUGGGGUGAACGAUGUCUCCACAUCUCCUCUUCUCCCCAGUAAUUGUGUAUUUUCCUUCAAAAAUAACUGUUUUCAGUUGCCUUCACCGGUCUUUUCAUUUGGAAGUAUUGUCAGAAAUACCUCUGAUUCACUGACUUCUCUUGUGUUUUUGUCUGGAAAUGGUACUGAAAAAAUGAAGAUGAAGUGUCCUGACAAAGCACCCCUAAAUGUAGGGAAGCCAAUAUCUUCAGAGUGUGCCGAGCCUGCUUCUAGACAUCAUCAUCCAAAAUGUGAAGGUUCAUUCUUCCCUGUGAACUCACCUAAGAAAACUGAAAGGGCAGAAAUGCUUGCCGAUAGUAAUUCUUCUUGUAGUCAGCCUUUAUGUUCAGGUUUCCUUCCUGUUAAAUAUGAUAAUGCAUCUUCCACUCAACUCACUACAGCAACAAAUCAAGAAACAAAGGUAAAAAAUGAAGAAAGUGAAACUGUUGAUGAAAACAACUGUUCUUGUCCACGGAGGGAAGAUGAACUUGAGCCUGUAAGAUCUCAGAAUGCAACUUGUUCUGUUCCUGCCACGUGCAAUGAUCCAUCUCUAGGAGGUCCUGUGCUUGAAGUAAAUGAGGUGAGAGAAAUGGCAAGUGACAGCGAUUCUGACACUGAAGAGCUAAGUCAAACAUCUGUUUCUACUGAUACCAGUGGUACAUCUGAAUAUUUUUCUGUUGCUGAAGACAAAAUAUCUACCAGAAGAAAAUCAGAGACAUGAAGAGAGUGUGAAAUGCAAGAUAACUUUACUUAAAUAAGCUGAAAUUAAAUAAAUGCUACUAAACACAUUAUAAAGUGGGAAUAUCUGUGAUUUGACAGCUAAUAUUCUCCUUGACUCUUGCCAGUUGAGCUAUCUAUGUUAGAAACGUUAACUGCUUAUCAGCAAGUACAAUGUACUAAAGUGAUUUUUAUAGUACAAACUCAAACAGAAGAAACAACCAAAACGGUCACGUCUUAUUCAAAUCUUGAGUAUGACCAUAUAUCUUUAGGAAUGCACACCUUCAGGGAAGUGCCACUGGGGUAGAUGGAGGUGUGGGGGAUGGGGACUGAGGUGUCCCAGAAAGCAGGUUCAGUGAAGCCUCCGCACCAGGGAGCAGCAUAUUGCUGUUUAGGUACAGCAACACUUGCACUAGGGUUAAAUAGGGGAGAGAGUACAGAAAAUAGCAUUCCCCUCAGAGGGAGGAGAGGCAUGAGGGAAAUAAAGGAUGUUGAAGAGCAUUACUGAUAAUUCUUUUGCCUGUCUUUCUUUGGCUGUUUACUUUUUCUGUCAUGUAAAAGUGCAACUUCUAGUAUAAUUUCUUUUCACCACAUCAGUGUUUUUGUUAUAUGUUACAGAAGGGUGGCAGCAAUGCUUCUGAAACAUGGCCUUUAUGAAAAGUAACUGUCAACUAAUUUUCAGUUCCAUUUUAGCAAGAGUUUGGGAAUCUCUGGAUAAUAAGUUGCUGUUAAAAGCAAGCAUUAGGAGAAUCUAGCUUUUAACACAAAAAUGUUUUUCAUAUUUUAUGAGACAGGAAAAAAGGCAAACAACACUACUCCCUGUAUGUAUCAAUGGUCCAGACCUCAUUGUAUUUUUAAUUUGUGAAAUAUGAUACAAAAUGAAGAUCAAAAUACUAACUUACCACUUUCUUCACUAUUUUGUUCCAUCCAAGUGAACUGUGCUUUAGCUGUUUGAAGACACAGGCUACAGUAUUGUUUCAGCAAGAGCUGGUGCCAGAUUUUAAAUAAAUUAAUCCUGCGUUAGGUAGAGAUGUCAGCCAGCAAGUAUUAGAUCAGCGUGCAGAGCAUUUCAUAUCCCUACAGAAUUUUUCACUGGCAAAUAGAUAGUCAUCUUUAAAGAAAAAAAUCUAGGUGAUCUUUGUAACUUCCUAAGAGAAAUAUUACUUUAAAUCUCUGCAAAGCUGACCAAUAAUGUGGCAGAAUACUUAACACUUCUUACCCUUGGUUUAGGAAACACUGACCUAAUGUUAAUUUGCAUUAAAUUUUUGGACUCCAUCUUUCUGUAGCAGUGCAGCCCUCUAUUACAUGUGCUGAAAAACAGGAACUUUCCUAAGUUCUAGAAACCAAUCUUCCCUUUGCAGCUGCAUUAUAGUAAGGAAGGUGGUGAAAAUUCUCAAACAUUAGUUUUGUAGUUCUGUAUGUUCAUCUCUAAGUAUUUUGGUUUUCUCCUCAGAAUUGUUCCGCUUUUAUUUGUAGACAUUCUUGUCAGAUUCUUCUGUGUGUGUAGAUGUGUUAAAAAGGUAUUAAGUUAAAUUCUGGGAAAACAAAGGUUGAGCAUGAUGGUAACAACAGAGAGUGUCAUGGGUUAAGGCUGAUCUUGCCAUAAUAAAAGCAAGAUAAAUUGAACCAUUUCAGAGAGACAGAUUAAAGCACCUAUUAGAGAUGUCAGUAGAAAAUAUUUGUUUUCUGCUACAGUGAACAAAAAAAAUCCUUUUAAUAAGAAACCCUACUUUCCUAAAGUCGCUUUAUCAACAUAUCUGCUGUUAGUUUCCAUUAGUUUUUCAUGAUAACUUGAUACGGUAAACAUAAAGCAGAUAUUUUAUCUUGUAGUUAAAAGACAUCACUGUAGAAUCAUAAACUAAAUAGGCUACAGCACAUUGUUUGAAAGCAGAAAUUGUUGAUGUGUGAGUUCAAUACAGUCCUAGAACUGCUUUUCAAGCUUAGCCAGUUGUUUUCUAAGUGCAUUAUAGCUCAGCUUUAAGGUCUUACACAAGAGAGAAAUGGUAAGCAGUUUUAUAAUGUUUUAUUUACAAUAGGUCACAGUAAAAUUACAGUCCAUAUGGAUACUAAAUCAGAAUUAUCCAUUUUCUGAUAUUUUCACCAUUUGAUUCCUGGUCAUUUUUACUUAAUCACUUGGUCAUCUUUUACCAUUGACUCCUUAUUAAAAGCUAUACCCAGAGUACAGUGAUUUUUAUAUAUGUUAUUAGAAGUGAAAUGUUUACUGCUGUUACUAAUGCUUUAAGAAACAUCACAGUCUUCAGCAUAUAAAAUUUGUACCCUGUGAUAGGCCUAAUAAGUUUGGUUUUCACCCAGGAUAUCAUGCUUAUUCCUCAAAUAACUGCGAACGCGAUAAUACCAAUUUCUGAUUUUAUUCUUUGUUCAGUUAAUCAUGUCUUACGUAAAAAGAUUACUCCAGGUCGAGUGCAAAGGUCUACAUAAGGUCACUUCCUAUCUUAGUUGAGAAAAAAAACACAGUCUUUUCUAUUCUGAUGUUCCAGUUGUGUCAUAGUUUUCUUUCACGCAUUAAAAAAAGAAGGAAAAAGAAGGUCCCUUCUGACCCCUACCAUUCUGUGAUUCUAUGAUAGAGAAUAACUUACAUCACUAAUCUUGGUCAUCAUUACAAAAUUGUGUGUCAGUGAGGGCUGCUGUCAAAAGCCUAAUUUUCCUAGAUUAUCUAAACAUUAGUAUGUGUGUAUAUAUUUUCAGACUAUGUGUAGACUAAAAUGAAGCGUUAAACUUGAGAUUUUUCAGGAGUAAUAUGGAAAAACUGCUGAAAAUUUAUGUUCUUCCCAAGAAAAUAGUUGGGAAAUCUGUUUUAUUAAACUUGGCAGUGUGUAUUGCAAGGGACUUUUUGACAAGUAUGCUAGAGGUGUCUUGGAUCUUUCUGACUCUUAACUAUGCAAAAGGUGAAAAAUAAAGCAAUUCUACAUAGGGUUACAACACUUUAUUAAUAAAACUUCAUUGUACCGAUACAAAACUCUCUUUAUACUUAAAAUCCUGUAGACUAAAACGUGAGAUUGGUUGAAAAGCUUAUAUAGUGGUUCAUGAAGGUGCUACUACAUAACUUAGUAGAAACCUUGGAAAAAAAUUAAACGAUUGAUUUGAUUAUAAUUGGCAAAGUAAUGCUGAAUGUCUUUUACAGAUGGGCUGAAGGUUUGCAGUACAGUCCUCCUGAGAGGCUAAUCUCACCAGCUGUCAGAACUGUCAUUUGUUCAGCAUAUUUCUGAGAGCUAUCUUAACAUAUGUAUGUACAUUUAUCACUGCCUUGGGGGAAAAAAAGUGCAAUUGAAAGAUAGGUGCAAUUACCUAGUUUUGUAAUGAAACAGUUAUUUAGUUGACAUUGGAGCUACUAAAAUGGCAAUGAGUGAAGGUUAAUCUUCUAAAGUAAGCUUUGUAUUACUAAUAUUGGAUAUUAGUAAAGCUUUAUUAUACAACAUACUUGAUAACCCAGACCUAGUCACUUCCUAACUUAAAAGGCAGCUGAUCAGUGUGGUAAGAGUAUUAUGUACUGCUGCUUUUCCUUUUUUUUUUCUUCAGGUAAUAUUCUUCAGUUUCUCGUCGUAGGCUUUGUCCAGUUGUUCAAACGCCAGUAGAACAUUAUCAUUUGGAUUAUCACACAGUUCACUUAACGAUGUUCUGGGUUGUUGGUUUGGGGUGGUUUUUUUGUUUUUUUUUUUAAAAAAAAAAAAAGGCAAAAAAAGCGCAGUGAUUUAUUUUAAGUUGCUUUGAAGAUGAAAUGUACAUUAAAAACACAAAUUUACCAUACCUGAUAGACUUAAUGAGGAGUAAAAAAUCCUUGAGAGCAUAGUAAGCAUCUGCUUCAAUUAACCUGAAAAAAAGGGGAAAAAAUCAAAUGCAUAUGCACUAUAACAUAGUGUUUCACCUUUAAUAAGCCCUUCCACAUAGGUUAGGUAAGGAUGCAAAGAGCAUGUGUCAUGGCUUCAAACAGUGACAUAAUACUAGAUUACUAUAGAAAGACUAUAAACGUCAAAUAAUUAACAAUGCUGUAUAGAUUUGUUUCUAUAAUCAUACUAAACAUAGACUGACGAGUGAUAUUUGUAAAGAUAACUUAUUAUCUUGGGAACAUGAUUACAAAUGUUUGAAAAACUAUGCUGUUACAACCUGAACUGAAAUUCAACACUUCAGAUAAAUCUGGCUAAAUUGAGCAGGAGAUAGUGUAAGCUUUCUACAAAUGAUGAAGAUGCUAUAUUUUGCAAAAAGGACCACUGAUUACUCAAAAGUAACUUAAUAAACUCAGUUCCCAGAAAUUAAGAAUACCACAUUUAAAAAAAAAUAAAGUCAGUAUUGUGUUGAAAAUAAUAGAAUUAUGAAUGGUUAGGGGUGGAAGGGACCUUCUAAAGAUCACCUAGUUCUGCCCCUCAGUCAGGGGCAGGGACACCUUCCACUUAGAGCAGCUUGAUAGAACCAAACAAUGGGAUUCUGUAAUCAGUAUAUUUACUCCUCUUAUGAUAAGGUGUCAUUAGUGCCAAACUCUGCUAUUGUAAGAAUGGUGAAUGGUAGGAGUUGGGAGGGACCUUUAGAGAUCAUCUAGACCAACCUCCCUGCAGAAGCAGGGUCACCUAGAUCAGGUCGCAUAGGAAUGCAUCCAGGGGGGUCUUGAAGAAAACCUGCCUGGGAGAGGGGAUUUGGACCAGAUGAUCUCUAAAGGUCCCUUCCAACCCCUACCAUUCACCAUUCUGUUGUUACUAGAACAGUGCUUGGCAUGUGUAUUCAAAUUAUUAGACUCUAUUUGGAAGAGCUGAGAAGAAAAAAAAACCACAACAGAUAAUACUGUAUGGUCCCAACGUCACCCUCAGGGAGCAGACUGAGUUGUUACUUUCUCACUCAGAAAUAAAAGUUACAGGCUGUGAGCUUGAAGGCAAAAUAAAGACACUUUAUUUUGUAGUAGUUGGGAGAGGAAGCUUGUGAUUUAGCUUUUUUGAGCUGACGUUGGGAAUAAAACAGAUAGGUAAAUGGUGUCAUUAAGAACUGCAAGGUAGAAGUUUUAUAAAUAGCGAUGUUUAAUAAAUGAGGUAAUAGAAGGCCAGUGAGAUUCAAAGGCAGAAGUGGUAAUGAUAAGACAUCAUGUUUAGCAGGUGCUGAAAGUAUGUCUAGAAGAUUGAAAAGAACAUCAGGGCUGUAAAUUGUAAGAGUAAAAGAAAGAAUGCUCUAGAUUUUCCAAAACUGGAGUUUUAAUCUUUAACACUCUUGUCUGUAUGUUUUAACACUAAUCAUUAAUUCACCCUUUAGUCUGUUUCUGCCUUUGUUAUUUCACCAAGCUUUUGACAUCUCUCUGCUACUGUCUUAGUAUCUUCUGGUCUGUUGCAUUGGGCUUCCUUAUUUCAGGGACUUUCCUGAUCUUUUUCAUUUUGAAAAAAACUCUGAUUAAAUUAAUUAAUUUAAAAAAAAAAAAAAAAACCCUAACUGCUGAAAAGCCUGUGAAAAUAACCUGUGUCCCUGAAGCCAAGACUUUCCCAUUUUUGGUAGUGUUUUGAGUACCCAGAUAAUACUUUACAGCCAUUGCCAUUGGACAUUAUUUAUUCUCAUUAAAACAUUCAACUAAUCUAGUAAUAUUUAAUAGCUGUUCCCUUCCUAAAUUAUGGAGAAGGGUUUAAAGACAAAAAGAUGUACUUAUGUACCAUAUUGUAACCAGUGCUGCUGUUUAACUGUAUUAAAAAUGGUAGUACAUACCAGUUAUCAGUUGUCAGUGCAAUCAAGGACCCAUGCUUAAAAAAGUCCAGUGCAUAGGCAUUGAGCGGCUGCUUCCUUCCUUGAUUAUCAUACUUGUUCCGGUGAAGCAGGGGGCAGUUUGUGGCAUUAAUUCCAAGGGAACGUAAGACAGCCUAAGGAAAAAAAAAAAAUAAAUACCUGUUGAAUAGCUACAGUGGUUUCAUUUUAUGUGGUUAUCUUGUCAAACCUUCACCUUUAGACCACAAGCGGGGAAGUUCUACAUUUCUAAUUGUGAGAUACUCGAGAUACUUGCACGAAUACACAUAGAUGUAGACACAGGAGACAGUUUGUUAGCAAAGUGACUGACUGACACUACCAGUGCAGCUCUGGGACAUUCUGAGAAAUUUCAAGUUUGACUAGGCCACCAGAUUUUUCUUGAGUUAGUAAGGAUUUUUCCAUAUGCAUAGGUCAUGUAUUCAGACUCUCUCAUUGAUGCUUUGACUGUAUUAACCUUAAGCAUGGAACACUGGAAGGUUGAAGGUGUAUUUCAAAUCCCCAAUUGUGAGAAUUUUUUCAAUUACAGAAUUAUGAUUUGUAUAAUAAUUCCCUAAUGUUACUAAAAGACCACAGGAAAAUACAAGCUGACAGGGAACUUGUUGAUGUUUAUUACAAUUAAGCUAAUUUGUAUGCUAUCAAACAUCAUCACUGAAAUCCUAGUGGAGAAGCAAAUGAUCAAUGCAAUAAUGCAUUCUUUUACUAGGGUCCUUGAGACUACUGUGUUACUGAUUUUUUUUUUUAAGAGAGUCCUAACAUGGAGAAAAAAAAUGGGAGUGGUUUGAACAUGAAAUUUUAGAUUAAUUUAGUUGUCUUAGAGUUGAAAGGAACAGAGAAAGCAAACUAAGUACUUUUUUUGCUACAUCAUCUAGUCUCUGUUUUUUGUACUGUGAUACGGUGGUGCUACUCAGUGCUGAUUUUUUUUGAGACCUUUCAAAUUGUAUUUCCUAAAGAAAGAGUGACAAUUGAUCAUAAUGCCAUGAUAUUACACAGAGGAAAGAGAUUGUAAUAAAUUAUUUUUUUUAAUAAAACUGUAAUGAAAUGCUGCCCCCUGUGAAAAAAUAACUUACUUUAUUAAUGAUCUCCCCAUGAAAUAGAUCAUUAUCAGUCACUCCAGAUAAACAUGCAAAAGGUGAGACAGCAGAUAUGCUUUUGGUGUUGUCCAUCAAAUAAGAUGCUAGUUCAGAGCCAUGCCAAUUCUUGGAUGCAAAAUCUAGACAAGAAGUUUGAAAUGCAACAUAAGCUAUUCCAACACAAGCACCUUUUCAGUGAUCUAUUUUUAAAGGAUGAAAUUUUAAUUCAGUAGAUCAUGAUAGGAAAUAGAGUUAAUCAUCUAAACUUAAAUCCUUCUUGACAGGUGCUUGUUCCUUUUUUUCAUAAGAACCUAUAUGUAACUGAUUAUAGUAUACAAAAAAGAGCUUUCUAUUGGUGAGAAUAAUUACAUCUCAAACGCCCCCUCGCCAGUUAAGCCUUUCUCCGUGUAGCCGAAUUGGCUAACAGCCUGAAGUUGCGCCAAAAAAUGAAGGGAAGAUCUUAAAGGUCUUUUCCAGCCAUAAAAAUUCUAUGAUUCUAUGAAACUCAAAGUAGGUGAUGAUGUAUAGCAACCUGUGAGUUGGGCUUUUUGUUUUUUCAUUUGUACACAGCAGAGAUUUUUAAAAAAUCACUGUACUGGUGCAGGCAAAAAGGAGGAAUAAAUACAGUUACCUGCUGCAAUUAAAGUGAUUCCUUACUGCAAAACUAGUCAUUUUAAAGGCAUGCUAUUUUUAGAGGAGAUAGGCAAUGGGAUAAUAGUGUAUUGUAUUGCUGUUGUAUCUUCUUCCAGGAGGAUUAUGUUGUAGUUAAAUACUUUUCACUCAGUGGCAAUCCAUACUUCUUGAUAAUUUUAUAGUUGUGCCUUUUCAUACUGUGUUGGUUAUUGGACAUUCUUUGUUGGCAUAAGUAGCUUAGUUGAUUUAAGAAAUAGCACACUGUUCUUUAAUUGUUACUUUAAUCUUUUGGCUGUUCAGGUGUUAGAAUUCUAACCUUUGUAAGACUCUGAAAACAAAUCAAGCAUCACAUGCAUUUUAGGAUCUGCAAAUGCAUAAUGA